UAGCUCGUUUAAAAGUCAAACGGCUUCUGUAAGAUUUGUUUAAUAUGCAGCUAAAUUUGACAUUUUUGCCAUGUUGUAACGCGGUUACUAUAGUUUAAAUAUUGAUAAAAAUUAUGGUGAACAGCUUGUGAAAACAGGAGAGAAAUGACUUCGAAAAAGACACAAAUCUGCAGGGAUUUGCUACCUGAACCCAAGGUUACAGUGCCUCGCUGGGAAGAGAACCAAGAUGAGGACAACUGUAACCCUGACAAACUACUUCAGUGCCCCUAUGACCCAAAUCAUAAAAUCCGGGCAUGUCGGCUUCCAUACCAUCUCAUCAAGUGCAGAAAGAACAAUCCUCAGCUGGCCAGUGAACUUUGGACGUGCCCUUUUAAUGCUUGUCACCUAAUGCCCAAGUAUGAGCUGUCUGAGCACAUGUCCUCCUGUAUGUAUAGGUGUUCCGUAAAUACUGAUUAUGUUUUAGUGGAAACUGCUAAGACACAGCUCAAGUUUCAGGUUCCUGUCAGCACCUGGACCAUUCCUGUGUGUGAUGAAGACUGGGACCAAGAGCAAGAAGACCCAGCACCUUCAGAAACACCAUUUGUCUGGGGAGUUCCUACCACACAACUUAGACAAGACAGCACUCAGCCUGCUAUGAGCAAGAGUUUGACCACCAGCGUCAGAGCACCAAGAGUUCUUCCAUGGAAAGUGGGCAUGUAAAGAACCUGAUAUCUCCUGUAAUUACACCUCUUGGUUUUGAAGAUUUGCACUGAGUUCAGAGUUUAAUGGUUUUUUUUUUGGUUUUUUUAUGGCCACUAACAGAGUGCAUACUUUUGAUUAAGAAGUCCAAUAAAUAGAAAAAGGUGUUUAAAGUAAUAACCAUUUUGUUCUACUUAGUUAUGCAGGUUUGUAUUAUUUGUUUAGAUGUACUUAGGUUACAAGAGACUGGGUGCACAAGCCAACUCAUUUUUUGGCUUAUUGAGUACAUUUUUGUUUGAAUUGUUCUAUGAAGAUUUCAUACAUGUAUUCAGUCUCUUAAGAUCAUAAAUCCUGUUACUUGUUUUUGACUUUCUUUUCUCUGAAGUAUCACUGGUACUGAAUAGUGGUUACAUUGGUUUUGCUACUUGAACUGUGGUCAAAUUAUACAUGCAGCGUUUCUCAAUUAGAUGAUUUAGCAUUUGUAAAUUUGUAAUUAGACAGCUUACCAAGUUUGUAGACUGUAGCAACAUCAUUUUGACAUGUUUUCUUCAAAAAGGCAAGAGUUUCCUCUUUAAUCUUGUCUUGUUCCAAGGUGAAGAUUUCUCUGUGUUCAGUUUUCAAAAAGAUUUCUUUCGAUCUGUAAAAACAGGGUGUACCCAAAAACUUAUUUAAGUUUCUUGCAGAUUUAUUUGCAAUAAUUGUCUCAUUCAUAUUAAGAAAAUGUGGCUUCUGCAGUUUGGUGCACAUUUGAACAUAAUAUUUGGUUGAGCUCAUGGCGCUAUGUACAUUGAUAGUACAGUAUGUUUUGUACUGUGAAGAAGCAGGAUGCAAGUCUAAAAACUGUGAAUCAGAAAUGAACAAAAGCUAAGACACUAAAGUCUUCCAAAUUAGGCCUGUUAUAAAUGGGACAUUGUUGUUAUCAAUUAUUUAUAUUGCAAAAAACUAGUUUAUUGUUGUGUGCCUAUAUUUUGCUUUGUAUUACAUUAUUAUACCUACA